UGUCGUGCGCUGCAGAGAUUUGACCGCUCUUUGCCUAAUAAUCAAUGGAUCUUGGUCCUGGGUCAAUACGUCUCCACCUGGUUGUACUGACAUCUGAGACUUUGAUUUAAGCAAAUAUGUCUGCUUGGUUUAAAUGUCUAGAUGGCGGAAUUUACUGAAAAUCAGUGGUAAUCGUGCGAUUUAUCGAGAGGCUUUGAGCAGACAGUGGCAAUUGUCUUUGCAGUCCCAGGUCCCGAUCUUCCUUGGACAGCGCAGCGCUCGCUGUCAGCUGUUUGCAGCGUCUACACAACGAAAAGCUAUUGCUUGUUCCAUUCCGUACUGCACACUUGUUUCUCGUUGUUUUUCCACCAAUACCCCUCGACAUGCUUUGGUGGUGCCAACAUUGGCCAUACGGAUUGUGGGCAUCCCGUUGGCCGUUCUGGUCGGAAGAUAUGCGCGGCGCUACUGGAUGAAUAAAUCCUUAUCGGAACGGCGACGUUUAUUGGAUGCUUAUCUGUAUUAUGCAGCGGGGGGAAUAAUGGGCUUGGCGAUGUUUGCUCUGCUCUAUUACUAUAUCCACCUGGACACUGCACCGGUGACCAAGCGAAAGCGUUUUAUGUUAUUUAACGUCAAUGAAUUUGAGAGUAUCGUGGAGAUGGAAAAGGCUAUGCUAUUCCGUCUGAUGAAGAACCACUUCAUCACCACCAGUCAUCCGGCGUACAAACAGGUCAAUCGGGUGGUCACUCGCAUUUUGAAAAGCAAUGCGGAUCUGCCGGCGGUUAAAAACAAACACUGGAUGGUUACCGUUAUCGACAGUCCCAAACAAAACGCAUUUGUUGUUCCUACAGGACACAUCUUUGUUUUCACCGGGAUUCUGGACAUUCUGGCCAACGACGAUCAUUUAGCGGUGGUGCUCAGUCAUGAACUGGCGCAUACUAUCCUGGAUCACGUGCCGGAACUGCACAGCACGACACAUUGUGCCGAGAUUUCGGCACUUUUUGCGCUUGCCGGGAUUUGGUUAUGGAUUCCGUCUUUUAUGUUGGCAUUGGCGGCGUCUGUCGUGCUUUAUGAAAUUAUCAGUCUUUGUGUGUAUCUGCCGCAUCAUCGUUUGCUGGAGCUCGAAGCCGAUGAAGUGGGUCUGCGACUGACAGCCAAAGCCUGCUACGACGUCCGGGAGAAUGUGGCAUUCUGGCAGCGGAUGCACCUUAUCAACAAAAUCCAGCGCUCCGUGGACAUAAACGCCGUCACUGUGCCGGAGUAUUUUAGCACGCAUCCCAGCCACCGCAAACGAGCGGCCAAACUGGCGCAGCAGAUGCCGGAGGCGCUUGCGUUGCGUGAGUCCUGCAACUGCUCCCCGCUUCCAGCCAAAGAUCCCUCGUUAGACGUGGCAAAAUUGCGAUUAGCCAUGAGAAACGCCAAAGAGUUCAACGAUCCAUGGAAGCCCUUUACCAGUGAAGUGUGACCUGAUAUGUUUGUCUACCGUAGACUAAGAUGGUCUAACGUAGAGUCAGAUGGCAUGAUGGUUUAACAGAUCCGCAAUGGAUUUUACGGCCGCUCUGUUAGAUCAUCGUACCUUAUUUUUAAUAUUUUGUGAUAAGUUUUGUGUUUAAACUGUAGCCGGAAAGUUGUGCUCUUGUGCUGACGAAAGUUUGUGUGUUUAAGAAGUGCGGUGGGAAACGUUGUUUUAUGUUAGGUGAAAACAGAAACGCAAUAAAUAGCGGAAGU